GGUCAUUUAAAGUGUUUAGAGAUGAAUUAGUGCAUGUUGCCACGCCAAGCAUGGACCACUGCGCAGCUACAGACACAGAGAGCCAUUCUAUUGCUGACCACAAUGCACUGUCAUUAAAGCCAGCAGCAGACAGUACAGAACAGCUUACCACCCCUCACACUCAUCCAGAAUGGUCAGAUCCAGACUCGGCCCUUGCAGUUGUGUCUGCUCGCAGACAAGGCUUGAGGCCAUCUACGGUCUUACUGAAACGCUCAAUGUCGUUGCCUUGUCAGAAACAUUGGACUGCUUUUACCGAUCCUGCCAUUCAUAUGCAGUCCAUCUCAAUGCCAUUGUUGUCGGACGCGCUGCUCAAUAAAGGCUUGGAUCUUGCAUCUACUGCUCAUGUCAGACCUACUCAGACAUGCAUCAAGUCACUGUUGUCGCUUGCCUCGAAUAGCACUACUGCAAGUGACCCAAUCACCAUUCCGCACUCUUCUCCAAAACGCAACUUUGGUGAUGUUCAGCAAUCCCUAGAAUCAUCGCCUUGCAUCGGAUCUACCCCACUUGCAGCAUCUUGGACACUCUCCAUUUGCCGCCAUCCCUACACUCCCACCCAGCCAUCUGUUACAAGUAACGCCAAUCUUACUCAACCUGCAUCUCUUUCUCUUAUUCCACACACCACCUCACUUUCAACCCCAUUAGCUUCACAACCCUCCAAAUCCUCAUCUUCAAGUACCAUCUCUAACCCGGAAUCUACUUCCCUAGUGGUCCAUCUAACCACUUCAAACGAAGCCUAUCCUACUCCUUUGAAAUUGCAACCUGAAUUAAUUACAGAUGGUUUGGCUGCACAUC